GUGAAGAUACCUAAACCCUCGAAGAAGAGGAGGCAGCUGGAGAAGAAGGCCGAAUUAAAAAAACAAAAAAACACAGACUAGUUCGUAGUUCCUGACAGCUGCUGCUCGCCUCUGGAAUAACAAGCUUUAAGUUGGCUUCAUCCCUGUUUAUAUCCCGGGUUUUCCCGUGACAUCCUUCAAAGCUGUCUCCCGCAACGCGUUAUGUUUGAGGUUGACCAAUAGUCAUAAUGUUCUACACUGUCCAUAGAUGACAUUGUGAUCUAUAGUGGGAGAAGGAUGAAUGUGGAAGAGAGGUGGAGGUUUACUCUGGAGAACAGAGAGGGGUCAUGUUUUUAAAUGAGACGGGGACGGUUGAAAAAGUGACUCUGGAAGGAGUAGAGACAUUGAAGAUGGAUGAAUUUAAGUUCCUUGGGUCAACCAUGCAAAGAAAUAUGUCAGCAGCGCAUAAGAGAGCCAAAGGUAUUUCAAGCAGGAUGGAAAUUACAGAAAGAGGAAGGCAAGAGUAAAAAGGAUCCUGGGCUCCAAGAUCCGUUGUCACUCAGUCUGAAUGGAACAUAUUGUGGCCAGACAUCUGGCCAACAGAAGGAGCAAAAAGCACCAGGAAGCCUCGGUUAUACCUGUGACCCACCAGAGAUCCAAGUGGUCAUCAAAGAGGAAGAUGAGAACUGGACUGUGAGUGAAAAUUAAAAGACCCUUGGUACAGAGGGAGGAAAGAAAAGAAACCAUCCAGAUGCUCGUUUUCCUCGCUUUAAGGCCUUCAGGAAAGAGAGUUCUGCUGCAUGUGGUCUAAAGACACAUCAGAGAGAACAUCCAGAGGAGUUGGAUGGUCAAAGUCUCUGUGUGCAGAAUCCUACUGCAAAUGACGACAGCAGAAACACACGCUUACAAGCUCUAAUCAGAAACUUUCUGGUGCUCAUGGCAAGGAAUCAGAAAAUGUCUGUGAGUGGAAAAACACAGGACAGAAGCCAUUCUCCUGCCUAGUACUAGACAUCUCACCAAGUCACAAAGCCAACAUGAAAUCCAACCUGAGAACGCCGGCAGAGGAGGAGUGUACCCUAGAACAGAGCACAUCUUCAGACGCAGCAGAAGAUCUCCACCACACAAGCAAAUCAGCACCUUACCAAACUUAUUCCUCUGAACGUACCCACCCAAAGGUUGCCUCUGCCAACCUGAACAACAGAACGCUCCAUUUAACUGUCAGACUUCAGACCGGGCAAAAGGAGGAUGAGCAAGAACCGGUGGAAGAAAUUGGUGGCUUAAUCAACUCAGAUGGAGAGGUGGUGGCAUGGGAUGAAAGAGAUAAUUCUGACGAAGAUUGCGCAGAGGUUUCUCAUUCUGAGAAGGAAGUCAUCCUGGUUGAUUCUCAACUACAAGACCAGAGGGACUGCAGUAGUCCAACACUCAUCAUGGAAGUUGUAGGAGAAGACGAAGAAAACGAGGAAGGGGAGCAGGAAAAGGGAGUAGUAAAGAUGACCAGGAUCCUACCCUUACAUUCUGCAAGAACGCGAAGGAGACGACUGAAAAAGGUUAGGGUGCAAUCUUUAGAACACCCAGACAAAGGAGAACAUGUUCCUUUAAACGCUGCAAGAAGAAGAGUCAGGAGACAGAUUUCUCAAACUUCACUGCUGUGUGGGGUGGACUCAGAUACGAAUGAAGGAGUAUCAAGACGUAGCCGAAGAAGAAGAAAUAUCUGCACCUAUGCAGAACCAGAAGAAAUAAACUCAGAAACUAUCCCCUGUGUUACUGUAAAGCAACCUUAUCAGAAGAAAGAUGCCAAACAUUCUGCUGAAGGAGAAAACAAAAGUGUUUUAACUGGGAAGAGGCACCCUCGGAGAAAGAUGUUUCGUUUACCAAUAGAUAUACCUCCUGAGCUCCUGAAACAGCCCAAGGAGAAAAUCGAGUACCGCUGUUCAGUUUGCGGCAAAGAAUUUCCUCACGCAUACAAACUAGAGCGACACGAGUUGAUCCAUACCGGAGAAAAACCUUACUGCUGCUCUAUUUGUGGCCGGGGCUUUAACCAGAAGGGGAAUCUGAAAACGCACUACAAAGUCCACCUUGGCCGAAAAGAUGCAGUGGACUUUGAAGAUGAGGGGAAUCCCUCUCCAUCCGAACUCUCAGAGUAUUUGAAGUCCCUGCCAGGAGAAUCAAAAAUCCGGUCGUCCCUCCACUGCCUGGAAUGUGGGAAGGACUGCGAAAGCCAGUCGGCUUUACAAGCGCACCACGUUACUACGCACAGCCAGGCAACAGCUGGACCGGAAACAGCCGAGCACAGCGCAUCACAGUUUGUCUUCUGCCACCGCUGCAGCAUUCAGUUUGAUGACAAAGAGAAGCUAGAGGAGCACAUGAAAACCCACAUCAAGGAGAAGCGCUACUCGUGCCCAGACUGCGGCAAGAGGUUCAUCAAUGAGAGCUACAUACAAAUUCAUCAGCGCAUCCAUACAGGUGAGCGACCCUUCCUGUGCUCGCUCUGCGGCAGAGGUUUCCACACAGCUUCCUCCCUCAAACUCCACGAGAUGCAGCACUCUGGCGAGAAGCCUUACGCCUGUUCAAUCUGCGGAAAGACAUUUCAGAUCAACUCCUACCUGAACGCACAUUACCAGACCCAUAUUAAGGACAGGCCGUUCAUUUGCAGCGUCUGUGGGAAAGGCUACUCCAGAGCCGAGGAACUGAAGGUCCACCACAGGCUCCACACCGGAGAGAGACCCUACAAGUGUGGGGAGUGUGAAAAGAGUUUCAUUUACCGGCAGGGGUUGCGGCAACACCAGCGGACGCACGCUGGACGACGUAUCGGGCCGACUAGGCAACUUGGCAGACCCAAACAACAGAGCAAGCUGGAAAUCUAACAGCUUUUUUCCAUUGAUGCAUUCCUGGUAUAAACUGUUCAGCAAUGUUGCAGUAAACUACUCUUCAUCUUCUAUCUUCCAUUCCUCCCACCUAGAGCAGAGACGGUUUCUAUGUCGGGAAAUGUGAUACAGAAAAAAGACUGGAGGCUUACUGUUUCAUCUUUGUUGUGUUUAGGUUUUGUGCCUAUGUUUUAAUGUCUCCUCUUUGCUGGUAGCCCUUUUGUUCAAUUUCAGUGCCUUUGUAUACUGCAUGCCAAAAAAUAGUAAAUGUUGUUCAAAAGAUGCACUAAAUUGAUGUUAUUUUAAACUCCACGUUGUUGAAAUACAAACAUUUGUUAGAAACACA